CCGCAGUGCACUUGCAGCUGAGCAGCACUCCGGACAGGACGGUCUCCUCCUCCUCCUCUUCCUCUUCUUCUUCUUCCUCCUCCUCCUCCUCUCUGUGAGCUGCUGUGUGGUGGUGCUGCUGAAGCUGCACCGACAGUCGCAUCUGACUCCAGUCCAGAGGGUCCCGGCCGGGCUGCGACGCGUGAUGGUGCGGACUCAUUGAUAAAAAAAACCAAAAAACCAAACCAAAAAAAAACCAAAAAACAUCGCUGGGAUUAAAAUGAGCACUCCUGCUGAGCGGCUCUCCUCCACCUCCUCCAUCUCCUCCACCUCCUCCUCCACAUAGCGCUGCCUUCUCCGCACAACAUUUGUUUUAUGCGACUCCAGCAGGCGACGCAGGAUGACUACUACCUUAUCUCUGGUGAUGGUGUGCGCUCUGGUGGCCUUAGCGUUGGCGUCGAAGACGGAGCGGGCCGUGGAGCUCCCCUGUGAGACCGGCCAGUUCACCUCCAGCGGGGAGUGCUGCCAGGAGUGUCCACCCGGAGAGGGAGUGGUGAAGAAAUGCGGCGCCACGCAGACCGUCUGUGCCCAGUGUUUGGACAGUGAGACCUUCUCAGAGAGCUACAGUCUGACGGAGCAGUGUCAGCCCUGCACCGAGUGCACCGGCCUCAUGCGGAUGGAAACGCCCUGCACCGACUCCAACAACGCCAUCUGCAUCUGCAACUACAACUAUUACUUCGACGCCGUAUCAGGCCAGUGUGCGCCGUGUACGGUGUGCCCGGCAGGUCAGGGCGUGUACGCGCACUGCGAACACAGUCACGACACGGUGUGUGAGGAGUGCGAGGACGAUACCUUCUCUGACCGGGAGAGCUCCCUCGACCCCUGCCUGCCCUGCACCAUGUGUGAAGAGGACACCGAGACGCUGGUGGCUGAGUGCACGCCGACCAGCGACUCUGUCUGUCACAAUCCUCUCCUCCCAACAUAUUUCACUCCCAUGUUUGAUAUGACUCCACCCUCCUUCACCAACUACUUCCUCCCUGAGGGCUCAGAGAGCCCGUUGCCAGGAGAGACGACAACGUCCAGCGCCGGCUCUCCUCGCUUCCUCGGUCACGGCCUCAAUGAAAACCUCAUUCCCAUCUACUGCUCCAUCCUGGCUGCUGUGGUGGUGGGCCUGGUGGCCUACAUUGUUUUUAAAAGGUGGAAUAGCUGCAAGCAGAACAAGCAGGCAGCUAAUAACCGUGCAGCUACAAACAACCAGAUGGUGACGCCGGAGGGAGAGAAGCUGCACAGCGACAGCGGCAUCUCGGUGGACAGUCAGAGUCUGCAGGAGCAGCAGCAGCAGCAGCAGCAGCAGCAGCAGCAGGCCCAGGCUGAAGUCCAGGCUCAGCCCUCACACUCACAGGAACAAAUAGUAGUGAGGGUCGAUGGCGGCCCCCAGCCCGACACGCCUCCCCCCGAAGUCUGAGGAAGAGGAGGACGAAGAGGAGGCGUCAGAGCUGAAGACAGGGAGAAAGAGAGCGGAGACUUGGAAAUGGUGGACCAAAAAUAAAGAGAAAGCGCUGGGGGGAGGGAGAGGGUGGUGGGGGAGGCCUACAUGGGAAUGUAAAACUGACUCUGAUUCAUUUGUGAAGUGGCCACAGAGCAAAAGACUUGACUUGUGCGGACCUCUCAGCACCUUUGGGCCACAGUUCCGACUCUUCAUCCCUGCACAUGGAGUCCAACUCUAUCUAUCCGUGUGCCUGGACACGACCUCUACGGCAAUAUCAACCACUAUCCUGUACCGAUGUCACUGCAGAUACAUAAUCACAGAUAUAUGCCAGUGCAUCUCGUAUUAACAGACUAUUCCAGUAUUUAACAUUGACAUAAUUCUCACUAACUGCCAGCUUAGUAUCCUCUGCCCCCCUUUUUUUGCCCCAAGCUUUUCCAUUUUCUCCUCCUGUUCCACCAUCACUAGCCACGAAACGUUGUGUGCCUGAGAGGUAAAUAGGCAGAGAGGCUCUCCAUUAUCUCCUCGUGCAUUGAAGGGACCUUUCCUCCUCUCACAUCUUUCCUCCAUGGCGUUCCCACUCUCAGAUAAUCCUCCGUGUCUCUCUCUCUCUCUCUCUCCGUAGGAUUCACUCUAUUAGACCCCCGUCGUCGUCAGUGAUACAAAAAGCAGCGGGGGAGCCGUGAGUCACUCCCAACUCCCAUCUGAAGUUUUCUUGUUCUUUUAUCAUUAACCGGAGACGCAUUUCAUGGCAUGUUGUCUUGUUGGAUGUUUGCGCCAUUGUUUGGAAAAUUGGGCUGCACCGACUGACUCAUAUUUGGAAAGAAAGGUCAAUUGCCGGCACUCUCUCUAUCUACCCCCCCGUUCCGGCUCCCUCCAGGGGAUUGCGUUUCAGUAAUUUCAUGCUUAUAAAGCAACACACCCUGAAUGUUUGUCUACUGUUUGUCGUGCAUUACUUUCAUUUCUGAGGCUUGCGUUACACGGCUGAUUCAGCAGGGUGGCUCCACGGUCCUCGAGAUGCACAACGUGAGGGAAACAUCUCCGGACCGUGAGCUCUGCUGACUCACUGCGGGGGGUGGGGGGACCAAGAAACCAGAAGCUGUGACAUCUCGAGUGACCCACUGUACAGGGCUUCUCAUUAAAACGGAUGCUGAAAUGAAUUUUUUGGCACUGAACAAAUGCGUGUAAAAGGAAUCCCAUCUGUCAUUUCUUCACACUUAACCGGGUGGAAAAUUGGGACACCCCUCGGAGGCGAGCUAUCCUCGACUUGCUCCCUCACCACCCCCCCACAUUCCCAUCUCACAGUCUUACAUGUAGCUGCGUCUGCCUGAUCGGGUCUGAUAAACAGGGUUGAGGCGCUAAUGCAUCCGCAGCGGCGGCGCUCACGCCAACACGAGGCCCAUUAGAGAGACGUCCUGACUGGCAGGUAGUAAUUACCUCAGGGUUUCAGCUUCAUUUACCCUCUGCUCCGCUCGGCUCAGCCACCUCUCAUCAGGAUUAACGCUGCGGACAAAGGAGGGGCGACACGGCUCUCUCUGAGGCCUCAACGUGACAUUACAGACCCCGCAUCCAAGCCCGAGGUCCGCUGACAUUUACUAUAUCACCACGGUGAUAUGAAAGCACUUAGUGGAAAAAAGCCUGGGUGGCACCUUUUAAAAAAAAACACUUGACGUUGGCCCCCCCGCUGCUUUAAGAGUAAGAGCGGUCGACAUAGAUAUAGAGUAAAAGAUGUAUACCGGAACUGAGCUUGUCUGCACUGCUUUAGUUUUCCUUCCUACAGGGGCACGCACUUUCUCAGGGUCCCUCUUGUUGUGGUCUGACUAAAAAAGUUACCAAGAGAUCUGUAGUGGAUUUCUGUGAACAGUCUGUAGUUGUAUGAUAGAGUAGACAGGUGCAUGUUCAAGAAAAGAAAAAAAGUAGAAGGAUACGGGUUGAUGUGCAUACUAGCUCGCUAAAAUGUGAAUAAGACAGUGAUGGAUUUUGGGAUAUACAGUAGUUUGACAUUUUCGGAAAUACGCUCAUCACUUUCCUGCAGAGACAAAGAUGAGAAGAUGGAUACCACUCUCAUGUCUAUGCGGUAGAUAAAGAGCUACCACCAGCAGCUUGUUAGCUUAGCUUAGCUUAAAGACUGAUUAGGAGAAUGGGGGAAACAGCUAGCCUGGCUCUGUCCUAUCUGCACCGUAAAAGCCAUGAUUUAAAGGUGUUAUUGGUGUUAACGAUCAAACCUCUCAAGUGGUUGCCAGUUUGUCGCACUUCCACUAGCUAGCUUGCAGUAGCCAACAUUAGCGUUGCUAACGGUAACUUACAUAAAUGCUGCUCAAGAUGGCUAGCACUAAUGUUGCCAAUGGUAGCUAGCAUUAAUGUUGCUAAUGGCAGCUAUCUAAUGUUAAAGUUAGUCAUGCUAGCUAACGUCAGUGUGGCUUAGCUGAUGUUUGGGUAGAAUACUUGUCCUGGGCACAUACUGUAGUCGAACCAUUUUAUGUUUUUUCAUCCACAAACUGGCAACUACCAAGACUCCUUGUCAGGAGAGAGUUGACAAAACAAUCAUUUUUAAUUUACAAUCAUAAAAAUGCUUUUAAGGAAAAGAGAGUAUUCUACGUCCUGCUACAAGCUCUGUAGAUGUAUUUUAAGAAACGGUUCGUCUGCAUCAAUGUGACCUUAGACAUACUUCGUGAUACGUAUGAUCUAAGUGUAAAACACGACAUGUUAUGGCUUUUACAGGUUGGACUCUCAACACCAGACAAGUGGUGUCAAUCUUCUCAUGCAACUCUUGGAGAGAAAGCAAGGACCUGAUACAUUAAAUGAUUAACAAGACGUGUUAACUUGUCGGCAGAGUUGGUUUGAGUGUGAGUUUAGUGAGCAGCAGAUUGAUAAGAAUUGAUAGAAACUGAGUCGUUUUAUACUGUGUGAUGCUGCGUGGAUCGGUCACACGGUCGCAAACAUCUCAAGACAAUUAAACUUCCUGCUCUCCUCACGCUUGAUUCAUAUUGUAUCAAUAGAGACAAAAACAAAAAAAAAGCGUGAUGUGGACAUGUGACCACACACACACACACACACACACACACACACACUGAGCGACAGUGUAUGAUUCACUCCUCUAUAUAGAGAGCCGGCAUGAAUCAUCCAGAUCCUGGCUGUGGCAGACACAUUAAAGCGGACGCUGCUACAGUAUGAGUGACCAGAGUGUUGAUUGUACUAUUAAAAAAAAGAAAAACUCCCUCGACACUCUCUCUCCUCCCCCGAGGCCCAAUCAGCCCUCCAGCAGCGCGCUCAUCUACCCUGAACCGACUUAUUCUCUUCCUCUCACAGUGUGAGCGGUGACACACACACACACACACACACACACACAACGUAAGAAUGUACAACCCGAAUACAAACAGAAAUAUGCAAGACACAUUCAAGGAUAAGGAUUACAUUCGCCUGCAUUCUGUUGCUGUAAACUGUUUUUUUUUUUGUCUUUCCCUGUUGGUUUGUAUUACGAAUGGUGUUACACUUUUGGAAGCAGUAUUUUUUCUAACUGAUAUGUUAUUUUGUAGCACUUAUUAGAUACGAAUGCACUCAAAGAGUGUACCACAGUUCAAGUGCCUGUGUACAGUGUCAGGUGUCUUUGAGUUCAGAAGUUUGACUCUAUUUUUUUGCUGUUUUUUUUCCACUUAUGUUAUGAUUUUCUUGUGCAUUUCUUUGAUAUGUUGAGUGCAAAUGAAGGUUUUUAGUAACCAGACGUCAGAGCUGUAGAUGAACUCGGAGACUCAAGCAAACUGUAUAAACCUGGCGCCGAUAUAGAGAGACUGGCAGUACCAAUAGGUUGCCAGUAGUGAUCACAUCCUGUACGCUAACAUGCUAUAAAUACGGGCAACUAAUAAGGUCAUGUAGCAUUACGGACACACACGUCACCCAAGACUUCUACUCCAAAAGACUCACAUAUGCUAUAAGACAACAGAGAUCAGCUCUACUGUGCAGAGGUUUUGCAUGUACAGCAAGUUUCAUCGUGUACCUCCAUUUCAGAGGACGACGGGACACGUAAUGCGCCAUCACGUGGAAUCAGUGGGUCUGCGAUGUCAUUACAAAUGUGACACAAACAGAUCAGGACCUGCUCCCCGGGGGGAAAAAAUGCUGAAUGUCACCUGUACUUACCUACUAAUGUAAAAUGCAUUGUGUAAAUGUGAAUUUCUUAGAGUUGAUACAAGAUACAAAAAAUUACACAAAAAAAGGAAAAAAAAAAUGUGUGCAAACGAAAUGAGCAUCUAUAACACAAUAAACA